GGAAAAAGGACUUUCCCUUUUGGAACGUUGAUUUCCCUUUGAUCUCCCCUUAGGCUUUGGAACGUUUGUUUCCCCUUUGAUCUCCCCUUAGGCGGGGAGGUAGAACGGAGGUUUGCACGUAUUUUUUUGGGGGGGGGGGGAAGGAGGAUAGGAUACCCCCACCCAUCCACCCCAUUCCAACGCAGGGCUAAGCCUACCCCUUUUAGAGGUGGAUCCCCGCCCAGCGAUUGGCUUUGCGAUCGGGAGGAGCUUGAGAUCCCUUUCCCAAAGCUCGACCGCUCGCGAGAGCGAGCCAAACCCGGGCGGGACCCCCCCGACACACUUCCAGUCGCUUCUCGGCGCUCGGCGCUUCUGAGCUCAUGGAGCUGCGAGCGAUCCUGACCUUGCGCGCCGCCCUGGCGCUGGCCGCCUUGGCGGCGGUGGGCGUCUCUGCGGGCAGCGAAGGCAAGCGGGAAAGCGUGGAUCCCGGGAAGCUCUUGGUCCUGACUGCUGCCACAGAGACAACAGAGGGCUACCGGCGCUUUCUACGAACCACAAAAUAUUUCAACUACACCGUCAAGACUUUAGGGCUCGGUGAAGAUUGGAAAGGAGGUGAUGUUGCCCGGACGGUCGGCGGAGGUCAGAAGGUCCGAUGGCUGAAGGCUGAAAUGAAGAAAUAUGCAAAUGAAGAGGAUCUUAUUGUCUUGUUUGUGGACAGCUAUGAUGUGAUCCUGGCUGGAAGUCCCAUUGAACUUCUUUGGAAGUUCCUGCAGUUUAAGAGCAACCUGGUCUUCUCAGCAGAAAUUUUCUGCUGGCCGGAGUGGUCCCUGGCUGAAAAGUACCCACCGGUCACCUUUGGAAAGCGCUUCUUAAACUCUGGAGGAUUUAUUGGCUAUGCUCCCGUGAUCAACCGCAUUGUCCAGCUGUGGAAGUACAAGGAUGAUGAUGACGACCAGCUGUUUUACACACGCGUUUACUUGGAUCCUGCCUUGCGUGAAAAAUACGGGAUCACCUUGGAUCACACGUCCAAAAUCUUCCAGAACCUGAAUGGGGCCAUUGAAGAGGUUGUGCUGAAAUUUGAGCAGACCCGGGUGCGAGCCCGAAAUGUUGCAUACGAUACCCUUCCUGUGGUUAUCCACGGCAAUGGACCGACCAAGUUACAGCUGAAUUAUUUGGGGAAUUACAUCCCCAACGCCUGGACGUACGAGGGGGGCUGCGAAGUGUGCGAUGAUGACCUCCUGGAUCUGUCGGACAUACCAGAAGAGUCCUAUCCACGAGUUCUGCUGGGUGUCUUUAUUGAAAAGCCUAUACCGUUCCUGCCUCAGUUUCUUCAGCGUCUUCUGACUUUGGACUACCCUUAUUCUCACCUCAGCCUCUUCAUUCACAACCACGAGGUGUAUCACGAGCCCCAUAUCCAAACUGAAUGGGAUCAACUUCGCAAGGCCUUUGACACCAUCAAACUAAUAGGGCCGGAAGAAGAUCUGAGUGAGGGGGAAGCCCGAGAUAUGGCUAUGGACCUGUGUCGACAGGAUGCCACCUGCGACUAUUACUUCAGCCUCGAUGCUGACGUGGUGGUGACAAAUCCCGAAAUCCUGCAAAUACUUAUGCAGGAGAACAAGUAUGUGAUUGCUCCAAUGGUAUCUCGAUAUGGCAAGCUUUGGUCCAACUUUUGGGGUGCCCUGAGCCCCGAUGAAUAUUACGCCCGCUCAGAGGACUACGUGGAAUUGGUGCAAGGCAAGAGAAUUGGGGUGUGGAACGUGCCCUAUAUCUCUCAGGCCUACCUGUUGAAAGGGGAGAUCUUAAGGCAGGAGUUGCCCCAACGCAAUAUUUUCACCUUGGAGGACACGGAUCCGGACAUGGCCUUUUGUAAAAGUGUGCGGGAGAAGGGCAUCUUUCUCCAUAUUAGUAACCGGGAUGAUUUUGGACGCCUCCUUUCCACCACGAGAUACAACAUCUCCCGCCUACAUCCUGAACUCUGGCAGAUUUCUGAAAAUCCUUUGGACUGGCAGGAGAAAUAUAUCCACGAGAACUACUCGCGCGUUCUUGAGGGAGAAUUUUUUGAACAGCCUUGCCCUGAUGUUUACUGGUUUCCAGUGUUCACUGAUCAGAUGUGCGACGAUCUGGUGGAAGAGGCGGAACACUUUGGCCGGUGGUCUGGAGGAAAACAUGAGGACACUCGGCUGGUUGGCGGCUACGAGAACGUCCCCACCGUUGACAUUCACAUGAACCAAAUCGGCUUUGAGAAGGAGUGGCUGCAGUUCUUGCAGGACUACAUUGCACCGGUCACAGAAAAGUUCUAUCCAGGCUACCACACCAAGGCUCGCGCAAUCAUGAACUUCAUGGUCCGAUACCGUCCGGACGAGCAGCCUUCUCUUCGCCCCCAUCAUGAUUCUUCCACUUUCACCAUCAAUGUUGCUCUUAACCACAAAGGGAUAGAUUACAAGGGAGGCGGAUGCCGAUUUAUCCGCUACAAUUGCAAAGUGGAAUCUCCCCGCAAGGGCUGGAGCCUGAUCCACCCAGGACGUCUCACCCACUACCACGAAGGUCUGCCCACCACUUGGGGCACUCGCUACAUCAUGGUUUCCUUUGUGGACCCCUAACGCUGGCAUCCCCUGGCUCGCUCCCCCUCCUCCGGCCCAUGGAUUGAGGACCCCAUGGCGGCCAGUGCACGAGGAGAGGUGCAGAAAAGAGGGGACUGUCUCUCUCUCUCUCUCCAGCUUCGUUGCCACUAAGUGCCUUCAAAACCAGAGAAAGGGACAACUGGUUUCCAAGCGCAAAUGGACUCGUUUUAUAGCUCAGCCCUUCAUCGUCGAUCACCACUAGCAUCAAAAGCCAUUGUUGCCUUCCUUCCCUCGUCUCCCAUUAUACCCAAGAUUGGAGAAACAGAGGUCAUUCCACUCUUCAGCCAGUUGUUACUUGAUCCGGAUCUGCUUCAAGUCCUGUCCCUGUGGCUCCGCCCUGAAAGAAUUCUUACCACGCUAAAGAGGACGAGCAUUGUUGAGCUAAGCCUCUGCAUGGGAUGAAUUUGAGGUUGUUCAGUUGCUACACCACUUUCAACUUUGUGACCUCGUUGACCAUAGCCCGCUACGCCCCACCCUCCAUGUCCUCCAGUGUCUUCUGGACACUUUUGUCCAAAUUCUUGUUCAUUGCAUUGAUGACAUUAUCUAAUCAUUCAAUGAGCCGCGGUGGCGCAGUGGUUAGAGGGCAGUACUGCAGGCUACUUCUGCUGACUGCCGGCUGCCUGCAAUUUGGCAGUUCAAAUUUUACCAGUUGACUCAGCCUUCCAUCCUUUCCGAGGUGGGUAAGAUGAGGACCCAAAAUUGUCGGGGGCAAUGUGCUGACUCUGUAAAACCGCUUAGAGAGAGGCUGUAAAGCACUAUAAAGCGGUAUAUAAGUCUUAAGUGCUAUUGCUAUUUCAUACUCUGCCUUUCCCAACAUCAAGGUCUUUUUCACAGAGUCCUUCUCAUUUGGCGGCCAAAGUAUUUGAGCUUCAGAGUUAACAAGAGUUGGAAGGGACUUUGGAGGUUUUCUAAUCCAACCCCCUACUCAAGCAGGAAACCCUACUCCAUUUCAGACAAAAUGAUUGUUCAAUCCCUUGUUAAAAAGAGAAGAGCUACAGCUUCACUAUCUGGCUUUCCAAACAACAAUCAGGGUUGAUUUUCUUUAGAAUUUACGGACCGGAUCUCCUUGCAGUCUUCUCCAGCAGAUGGAUACAAAACCUGAAUACUUCCCUGUCGGGGAAUUCCAGAAUUCCAUCUCUUCCGCUCCCGAUUUUCUACCAAACCCCUCUUUGGGCUACAAUCUGCCCAAGGAUCUCUCCGAAUCUAAUUUUGGAAGAGUAGGAGGGGGUGGGGGCUCAAGAUCCGGUUGCUGGUGAAACCAUAAGGGUGCGUCAACCCAACUCCCAUGCAUGGAGAGGAUCGGGACGGGGCUGGAAGUGGUGUCCUGGGAGGCUUCUUUCUUGGUUUACAAAAAGCAACUCCAGGAAGUCCGAGGAAUGAAGAUAGAAGACAACGGACAGAUGUAAUUGGUUUUUCUUCACUCCUGAUGCUGGGGAGAGAGAGAGAGACAAGUCUUUUCUAUAGGCAUGCCUCUCGGUUUAGUUGGGCUGGAAAGAGGGAUGGAGGAGGACAUGGGAGGCUAACUACAGUUACAAAUCAGCCCCACCCCAAAAAACGCUCUCAAUGCAUUUUCAAAUUCCUAGGAAUGUUAAGCACUGUAAUGGGAGCAGAGACAUUACUCACAUCUUAUUUUUCAAUGCUGGACACAAUCCCAGGGCUAAAAGUCUUUCCGUCAUCACGCUCCACAAAGGAUGACUUGUAUCUAUUCGAUAGCUAAGAGACCCUCGUCUGAGAUGGCUUCAUUCCAUUCCUCGAGAUUUGAAGCUCUCUUGUGGGAGCUCGCAGCUUUGCGUAGCCUCUCGCAACACUGUACGCCGUGGGCUGUCGGGUCCGUGCGGACGGAGGGGGCGGCAGUGUGCUAGCCGUGUCCCCAUACGAAGCGUGCUUUAAAUUAUUUCCUGUCGGACAGCAGCACACUAAAUAAAGCUCUGUUUUAAAAGA